AUGGCUUUGGCUGUUCCUAGUAACAGCAUGGACUUAAAUCAGAAUAAUGGGCCCUGUGUGCGAAAUCACAUCAAUGAGUCCAGGCUAAAAGUAGAUGACCCCAGAAUCAGGAGAAACUCUAUUCCUCCAGCUCAAGCUCCCACAGCGAAGCACAUGGUAGCCUAUCUGCCCAGGCCACCGACAGACAACAACAAAUAUGGAACAUUCCCUCAAAAGCCUGAAACCAUGGUUAUGUCUGUGACUUCCUGUGAUGGUUAUCAUCAAAAACUAGACUAUCCUCAACCCAAGAAAAGCAGCAUCAUCUCAAGCUUUAGGAGAUUCAGUGCUGUAGAACAAACAACCACAGGUGCUGUUCUCCCUGUUGCCAAGCAUAGGCCUAGUGUGACUAUUAACACAGAGGACUUGCCUCGUUAUCAACGAUCUUCCAAGCUGGAGACACCUGUAAGGGAAUCCGUUUCUAAGUGGCAUCCAAAACAUGCCCUAAGUGUUCCAAAUAUCCCAAUGCGAAGUAAAACCCCAACCCGUAGUGUUGUGUCUGCUCCAGUUACCACAAAAUCCAACAGAGCUCGGUGUAAGCUCAUGUACGAUGACCGUCAGCUCUUCAAUCUAACUAAUCGUCAGACACGUCAGAGAUAUGUCACUAAGGAUGGCAAGUGUAGGGUCAACCUUGGACGCAUUCACGAGAAGAAGAGGUUUUUGUCAGACAUUUUUACCACUAUUGUGGAUCUAAAGUAUCGUUGGUUCAUAUUUGUAUUUAUGCUGUGUUAUCUUGUCACCUGGGUUGGAUUUGGAGUUAUUUAUUUUGUGGACGCCUUGAUCAGAGAUGACGUAAAUCACAUUGGGGAUCCUGAGUGGAAGCCUUGCAUUGACAAUGUUGACUCCUUCCUUUCUGCCUUACUCUUCUCUGUGGAAAGCCAACGGACAAUUGGCUACGGCACCAGGAUGGUAACUGCAUAUUGCCCAGAGGGUAUAAUUUUGCUUAUGGCUCAGUCAAUAAUAGGUUCAGUGAUUGAUGCCCUCAUGGUAGGCUGCAUGUUCGUUAAAAUUUCUCGCCCUAAAAAGAGAGCCGAGACGCUCAUUUUCAGUAAGAAAUGUGUGGUGUCCCAUAGAGAUGAAAAGCUUUGCUUGAUGUUCAGAAUUGGAGAUCUACGAGACAGCCACAUGGUUGAUGCCAAGAUAAGAGCUAAACUCAUCAAAUCUCGACAGACAAAAGAAGGGGAGUUUAUUCCACUGGAGCAGUCGGAAAUCAACCUUGGUUAUGAUACUGGAGAGGACCGACUUUUCCUGGUUGAACCUCAGAUAAUCUGUCAUUUUAUCAAUGAUCACAGUCCAUUCUGGGAGAUGUCUGCAGAAGCACUGAAGCGGGAGGAGUUUGAAAUUAUUGUAAUACUUGAAGGCAUUGUUGAAGCCACAGACUGUCCCUCGUUGAGUCUUAUCUCUGAUCUCCUGAACUCACAAACCCUCAUUAUAGCAUAUGAUAAGAACAUUGCUUAA